CCACCCCAAACCCGCCUUCAGCGCACCUCCUCCUGCAAACCAAAAACCACCCUUCCCUUCCUGUUUUGUUUAAUUUCUCGGUUUGGAUUCGAUCCAUUCAAAUUCAACUCAACCCAAAUUCAAUUAUCUUACAAACACGUGCAUACAUGGGGAGAGGGAGGGUCCAGCUGAAGAGGAUCGAGAACACGAUCAAUCGGCAGGUCACCUUCUCGAAGCGGAGGUCUGGGUUGCUGAAGAAGGCCCAUGAGAUCUCGGUGCUCUGCGAUGCCGACGUCGCCCUCAUCGUCUUCUCCACCAAGGGAAGGCUCUACGAGUACUCCACAGAUUCCAGUAUGGAAAGAAUUCUUGAACGCUAUGAACGAUGUUCCUAUGCAGAAAAGGCUCUUGUGGCUUCAGAGCCUGAAUUACAGGGAAGGUGGUGCGAUGAAUAUGGUAGGCUGAAAGCAAGGCUUGAGGCUUUACAGAAAAGCCAAAGGCAUUUAAUGGGAGAUGAGCUUGAUAUGUUGAGUGUAAAAGAACUCCAACAACUGGAGCAGCAGCUUGAAAAUGCUUUAAAGCAUAUAAGAGCGAGGAAGAACAAAUUAUUAUUUGAUUCAAUUACUGAGCUUCAGGAAAAGGAAAGAGAGCUACAAGAAUAUAAUAGGGAUCUUCAAAAGAAGAUCAUUGAAAAAGAGAAGACGAAGGCAUUGACACAACAGGCACAACAAGAGCAGCAAGGUCAACCUCAUGCCGGAUCCUCCUCACCGCCUCCCAUACUUGUACAAGAACCAGUUCGCUCUCUAAACAUGAGAAUACAUCAAGCAAAUGGUAGCUCAGAGGAGGAAGAAGCAACACGACCUCUAACCUCUGUCAACAGCAGUGGUCUCCCUGCCUGGAUGAUUCGCCCUGUUAUGGAAAGAUGAUAUCGAUCCUUAAAACAACUUACCGGGUAUCCUCUGCAUAGAGAAUGAGAUAUGAGGAAAUAGCUUCCGUGAGCUAGUGAAAUAACAUAGCUUCCAUGGUCCAUGACUACUCUGAAGAUAUGAAAUUAAAUUAUUGUGUAUGAGGUCUUCAUAUAUUUGGUGGCUCCUUGGUUCUUUGUGUCCUUUCUGUUCGUAUGACAAUGUAAUGUAUAUUAUGUUGUGUCUCAUUCAAAUAGCUUGUUUAAAUGUAAAGAACAAGUGUUAAAUUGACUAGUUAAUCCUUAUCUUAUGUGGUAUAGAUUAAUCAGAAUAGAUUGCCAAAUUCGAUCAUCCAGUUUUGUGA